AUGACGAAAGAAGAAAUAAAUAAUCAACAAACUUUAUUAGAUCCUAAUGAAACAGUUCCAGAGUUGCAAUUAUUAUUUACAUUAAAGCCAGCUUACACAAGAUACAAAAUACCUAUUAGACCCGACGAAUUUAAUCCUUUUAUUAUGGGACGUAGAUUGUUUCAACAAUAUGUAGUAGAUUCUUAUGUUAAAAUAGAAAAAGAUAGAAUUAUGUAUUGCAAAAAUCAUCAAAAAGAAAUUAAGGCAGAUACAUAUCAAGGAUUGCAUGAUUAUAUGCAACGAUCUGCUAAUGAUAUGAAUGGACAAGUUGGAAAAACAAUUAUUCUUCCAUCAACAUUCAUCGUUUCACCCCGCCACAUGCAACAGUGUUAUCAAGAUGCAAAGGCCAUAAUUAAUCGCAAGGGUAAACCUGAUAUUUUUCUUACGAUGACGUGUAACCCCAAGUGGUCAGAGAUAACAGAAAAUCUUUUACCUCAUCAACAAGUUUCUGAUAGACCCGAUAUUGUAGCCAGAGUAUUUCAUUUAAAAAAAGAAUGUUUACCACACAUGCACUUAUUAAUUACUUUAACACAUGGUUUUAAAAUUACCACGCCUGAAAUUGUUGAUAAAUUUAUUUCUGCCGAAAACCCUGAUGCUCAAAAACCAACAUUGCAAGAAAUAGUUUUGAAAAACAUGAUACAUGGUCCUUGUGACGAGACAAACAUGGAUGAAAACGGUUAUCCUAAUUAUUGUAGAAGAAAUACUGGAAUUACAUACGAACUAAAUAAUGGCAAUGUAGUUAACAAUACAUGGGUCGUACCAUAUUGCCCAACUUUAUUAGAGAUGUUCAACUGUCAUAUCAACGUAGAAGUAGUGACAAAAGCUCGAUAUGUCGGACCUGUUGAAGCAAUCUACCGCAUACUUAGUAAAAUAUUACAAGACAAAAGUCAUGCUAUAAUAAGAUUGGCAGUACAUUUACCCUAUCAACAAAGCAUUAUUAUUGUUGGCAAAGCAAACAUUAUUAGAGAAAAUCUUAAUUGUUCAAGUAGCACGUUACUAGAUUCUUUCAAGCUGAACUUAGAAAAUCCUGAAGCAAGACAAUAUUUCUAUGCAGAUAUUCCUAGCUACUUUGUGCAUAAGAAGACAGUUCGUAAACAACAGUUCAAUUGUAUUGGACGUUCUACAAGUUUUGAUGAUUUAAAAACUGUUGAUGGUGUCAUACAACCUACAUUUACUGCAGCAUGUUUAGCUUUAGGCUUUAUAGAAGACGACGAAGAAUGGAUGAGAGCAAUGGAAGAAGCAACAGUAUGGAUGAUGCCUACACAACUUCGAAGAUUGUUUGUUCGCAUUUUGAUCCACUGUCAACCUGUUCACCCUGAAGAAUUAUGGGAAAAAUUCAAAGAUGCAAUGUCUGAAGAUUUUUCACGAACAAAUGAAAUAACUAUAAGUUAUCAAAAAGCUUAUGCUCAUGUUAAUACCUUAUUAAAUAUGGAAGGUAGAGCUUUAACUGAUUUCCCUACAAUGGAACAAAGAGUAGAACAACAUAAAUUAGACGAUAAUACUAAUAACGCAGCUUUACCUCAAAUGGCAGAACUUGGUCAACAGCAAUAUGGACAAUUAAACACUGAACAGAAGGAAAUCGUAGAUACAGUUCUUCAUGCAGUUGACAUUAAUAACCAUGAAAUAUACACAAUGGCAUUUACUGGAAUUGCUGCAACAUUACUCCCGCAUGGAAAGACAGUACACCAAACGUUUGGUUUGCCAGUUCCAAUGUAUCACGAUUCAUCAUCAAGUAUCAAGGCGCAAACCAAAGAAGGUCAAAUUCUAAAAGAAGCUGAUGUUUUUAUCUGGGAUGAAGCUCCAAUGGCUCCAAGAUAUGCUUUAGAAAUCGCAAACCGAACAUUGCAAUAUAUCAUGAACAAUAAUUUGCCAUUUGGAGGAAAAAUCAUUAUUCUAGGAGGAGAUUUCCGACAACUUCUUCCUAUAAAGAUUAAUGGAACACGAGGCGAAACUUUGAAUCUUUGCAUUAAAUACAGCGAAUUAUGGAAAUAUUUUAAAAACUUCACACUUACCACAAAUAUGAGAGUAAUGCCUAAUGAAGUUGAUUUUGCAAAAUUUUUAUUAGAAGUUGGUAACGGAACAUUAAAUGAUUCACAUGACAAAAUCAAUGUUCCUGAACACUGCAUUCUUACUGCAAAUAAUAACAUGGCUUACCAUUUAUUCGGUAAAUUAAUUGAAGAAAAACGAUUUGAAAACAUGAGUAAAUGUGCUAUACUGUCAGCUCGAAACAUAGAUGUUGAUGAAAUCAAUAAGCAAGCCACAAACUUAUUAGAUAUAGAAAGCGAGCGUCUUUAA